GUCGUCCACUGGGGCACUUUACUACCACAACCGGGUGACCGGCCAGACGCGCUGGGAUCACCCGAGCCCUCCAGAGGUGGAGCCUCCGGCUGCGCAGCGUGACGUGCCUGGCGGCGUACCCCCGCAGGAAAGCGAGGGUCGGGCCGCCUGGGAAGCGAAGGUGGCGCAGAUCAAGCUGCAGUUGGACGCCGUCCAGACGUCGCGCCCGCCGUGGCAGGAGUACUGGUCUGCCACGGGCGCUGCCUUGUGGUUCAACCCGGUUACGGGUGCCGCCUGCAAUGAGAAACCAUCCGGGAUUUCCGCUUGGACAGCCGAGGUUAGCUCGCUGUCGGACGCUCUGGAGCGGGUUCGGAACGGAUACGAUGCCCCUGCCAAGUUUCCUCGCGGGGCCAGCCAGGCCGCCCCCACCGCAGAGCAGGCGGCCCAGGCAAAAGCCGAGGUCAUGGCGCUCCGCCGUUUCCAGCAUAGGUCUGAACUGAACGCCGCGGUGGGCGCAUGGCACAACCGCGUCCGUGAGUUAGUUGGAGACUCCACGGACGGGCGCGUCUCCAUGGCCGCGGUGUUUAGUGCGAAAUGCCAUUCCCAGGCGGAUUUGUACAAGCUUGUACAGGCCAUGGGCGUAGAAAUUACAGUUGCCCCCGAAAAGGGCAAGCCCGCCUUCGCCCCUGCUCCGUUCGCGAUCCCGCUGGGGUGCACCAACCAGCCUGGCGUGGAGAUUACUUGGAAAGUGUCGCCAACGACGAAGCUCACUGUACCGAUCGAGAGCAAGAGGCUUGGGAAAAUU